UGUGAAUCGGUUUAUUGAAGCUACAUUGUGCUCAGGCGUCUCAGUACCCUCCACUCUCACUCUUUUGCUCCUAUCCGCAAACACCACAGGCGUCAGCAUCACAUCCUAUCACACCAAGACGCACACGCCUAUAAGAAGGCCGCCAAUAUGGCUACCGAAAGCGCCCGAACGCUCUUCUUCCCGGCACCGGAUCCGCCAACGCCACUCGCCCGCUACCGCAUUCUCUCCCCCAACGCCGCGAUCCGCGUCUCUCCCCUCCAGAUGGGCACGAUGUCCCUGGGAACAGCCUGGUCGGACGGCAUGGGCUCCGUCGAGAAGAACGCCGCCUUCAGCCUGCUGGACGCCUAUCUCGACGCUGGCGGCAACUUCUUUGACUGCUCCAACGGCUACCAGCACGAGCAGUCCGAGUCCUGGCUCGGCGAGUGGAUGGAGGUCCGCGGCGUCCGGGACCGCUGCGUCGUCGCGACAAAGUUCUCGGCCGACUACCGCAUGCACGCCCUCGGGAAGGGUCGCUGCCCGAAUGCGGGCGGGAACUCGCGCGCCUCGAUGCACAUGAGCCUCCGCGACUCGCUGGCCAAGCUGCGCACCGAUUGGAUCGACGUGUUCUACGUCCAGUGGUGGGACUAUACCGCUUCCAUCGAGGAGGUCAUGGACGCGCUGCAUAACCUCGUCCAGCAAGGGAAAGUGCACUAUCUCGGCAUAGCAAACUGCCCGGCCUGGGUUGUUAGCGCGGCCAACACGUACGCGCGCGCGCACGGCAAGACGACCUUUUCAAUCUAUCAGGGCUACUACAGCGUCAUCAUGCGCGACAUGGAGCGGGACAUCAUCCCCAUGGCGCGGCAGUUCGGCAUGGCCAUCGCGCCCUACGGUGCGGCGGGCAUGGGCAAGUUCAAGACGCGGGACAUGAUUGAGGCGCGGCGGCGGAGCGGCGACGGGCAGGCGGCGUUCCGGCACCUGGCGGACCAGACGGAGACGGAGAUGCGGGUGAGCAAAGCGCUGGCCGAGGUGGCGGAGGAGGUGGGCGUGACGUCCAUCACGGCCGUGGCGCUGGCGUACGUCAUGGCAAAAGUGCCGUACGUGUUCCCCGUGGUCGGGGGCCGCAAGGUCGAGCAGAUGCUGGACAAUAUCGACGCCCUAACGAUCCAGUUGUCAGAGGCGCAAAUCGCGUACCUCGAGAGCGUAGAGAAGUGGGAGCCUGGGUGGCCGUACGAUGUUAUGGGAUGGGAUCCUCACGUGUCGGGGACGCCAGCCCCGAUCAUUGCUGCUUCGGCCAAGAUGGAUUUUGUGAGGCGGCCCAAGGCGAUUGGAUAUGAUUGAUAGAGAGGUGUGGGAUUUGUUGCAUUCUAGGCGCGGGUAUUGGGGUUUUCUUGGGGGUUAGGAGGCGUUCCGUUUUGACUCCGUU